AACCAUGAAUAAUUCUCUUCUAUCUUGGAAUUUCGCUUCUUUAUUGUUCUUAUUUCUUUUCAUGUUUGGGUCAUCAUCAGCAAGAACUCUGUCAUCCUUAUCUUCGCCAUCUUCUUCUUCUUCUUCAUAUUUUCGGAUUAACAGUUCUAUGGUGGAAUUUGAUGGUUACAGUGGAAUAUCAGAUUUUCGGGUACUGAACAGAAGAUCUUUAUUGAGUUGUGGUGAUCCAAAUAAAUAUCUUCAAAUCAAUAUCAGUUCAGUUGCAGCAGGGUCCGGACUUUCGAAUGAUCAGUAUGUAACUGUCACUGUUAGUGGGGUUUUGGUACCUGCAUCUUCUGAUUGGGUUGCCAUGAUCUCACCUUCUUACUCCAAUGUCACAGAUUGUCCUCUGAAUGAGGCAAUGUACCUUCAGACUGGAGAUACUAGUAGCCUUCCUCUUCUCUGCCAUUAUCCUGUAAAGGCUCAAUACGUGAGCAAAGAUCCAAAUUAUCUUGGUUGCAAAACGAGCGUAUGCCAGAAGCACAUUGCUGGCGUAUGUGUAGUGAAAACAUGCAAUGCUUCAUUAACAUUUCAUGUCGUUAACAUCAGAACUGAUAUAGAGUUUGUGUUCUUCGCUGGGGGAUUUGAUACUCCUUGCAUUUUAAAAAGAACAGACCCUGUGAACUUUGCUAAUCCAAAUACCCCUUUGUAUGGCCAUCUCUCAAGCGUGGAUUCAACUGGACAAUUGAUGAGAUUAACAUGGGUGAGUGGAGACCAAAAUCCUCAACAAGUUCAAUUUGGGAAUGGAAAUUCACAAACAUCAGCAGUUACUACUUUUACACAAAAUGAUAUGUGCAGUAGCAAAAUACGAAGCCCGGCCAAAGAUUUUGGAUGGCAUGACCCUGGCUACAUUCAUACUGCUCUCAUGACCGGACUUCAACCUUCAACAAGUUACUCCUAUAGAUAUGGAAGUGAUUCAGUCGGCUGGAGUGAUCAAAUUAAAUUUUCGACACCACCUGCAGGAGGAUCAGCUGAGCUCAGAUUCAUUUCAUUUGGGGACAUGGGAAAGGCUCCCCUUGAUGCCUCUGUUGAGCACUACAUUCAGCCAGGAUCAAUAGCAGUGACAGAUGCCAUGGCCAAAGAAGUUGCAUCAGGCAAUGUAGACUCCAUUUUUCACAUUGGAGACAUCAGCUAUGCAACAGGCUUCUUAGUAGAAUGGGAUUUCUUCCUUCACCAAAUUAGUGCUCUAGCAUCUCAUGUUUCCUACAUGACUGCAAUUGGCAACCAUGAGAGAGAUUAUAUCGACUCCGGAUCAGUCUACAAUACUCCGGACUCAGGUGGAGAAUGUGGAGUAGCUUAUGAGACCUAUUUUCCUAUGCCUACUAUUGCUAAGGACAAGCCAUGGUACUCCAUAGAACAAGGGCCAGUUCAUUUCACUGUCAUUUCUACAGAGCAUAAUUGGAGCUCAAACUCAGAACAGUACAAAUGGAUGGAAAUGGACAUGGGUUCGGUUAACCGAUCAAGGACUCCUUGGUUAAUUUUCACAGGACACAGACCAAUGUAUUCUUCCAAAAAAGCUGGAAUACUUGCAAGUGUAGAUCCAGAUUUUGUAUCAGCUGUAGAGCCUUUACUAAUGAACUACAAGGUGGAUCUAGUUCUCUGGGGCCAUGUCCAUAACUAUGAAAGAACAUGUGCCGUUUAUCAAAAGAACUGUAAGGCCAUGCCUAAAAAAGAUGCAAAUGGGAUUGAUACAUAUAAUAAUACAAAUUACAGUGCUCCAGUUCAUGCAGUUAUUGGUAUGGCAGGAUUCACACUGGAACCGUUCCCAACUAAUGGUACUGCUAGUUGGAGCUUAGUUAGGAUUUCUGAAUUUGGAUAUGUAAGAUUCCAUGCAACAGUGCAAGAUUUAGGUGCUGAGUUUGUCAGUACAAACACCAUGAAGGUUGAGGAUCGCUUCCGCAUCAUCAAAAACUGAGAAUAUUGGGCUUAUGUGCAUGUGUAUGUGCAUGUGUAUGUGUGUGUGAGAGUGAGGGGGAAAGAGGUGAUACAUUUAUUGUCUUUUAUUUUGGUAGUGAUACAUUUAGUGUCAUGCUGCAAAUAAAAUUUAUAAAUUUAUAGUUUCAAUUAAAAUCUAUUGUAAACCA